AUGGAAGGAGAAAUAGAUUUAUCAUUUUUGAACCGUGAAGAUUUAGAUGAUGAUGUGGUUGGUGUAGACUUCAAUAUUAUAGCAAUGAUACGACAGCAAUUACAAAUAACCACUUCAUUGGCUGCACUAACAAUGUUAUGCAUUGUUGCACACGCGUUGAGUAUCUUGCAUAUGUACUCGACUGAUUCGAGUAGUGUUAGCAAUUACCUACCAGACAGAGACCGUCGUAGGGAGCAAUUAAUGUCAUAUCUUGUGCAUACUAAUCGGUGUUGCGACAUUAUUAGAAUGGGUCCAGAGACAUUUAUUAUUCUUUGUGAGAGAGUAAGAUCAACUGGGUUGGUUACGGACGCGAUUUGGUCUACAGUGGAGCAACAACUUGCUCAAUUUCUUCAUAUAAUUGGUCAUAAUGUUAAGAAUCGAAGUGUGGCUUUUUUCUUUCAUCGAUCCGGUUCGACGGUUAGCAGACACUUUCACAAUGUCUUAGGGGCUAUCUUAAGUUUGGAAUCUGAAUUUCUAAUUCAACCGUCUGGAAAUGAGGUUCAUCCAUAUGUAUUCAGCAACAAUCGAUUUUACCCGUACUUUAAGGAUUGUUUAGGGGCCAUAGACGGAACUCAUGUUCGUGUCAAUGUGCCAAGAUCUGAUGCUCAGAGAUUUCGAGGAAGAAAAGACUGGCCAACACAGAAUGUGUUUGCGGCGUGUGAUUUUGACAUGAAAUUCACAUACGUUCUUGCUGGGUGGGAAGGCAUUGCAUCUGAUUCAAGAAUUUUAAAAAAUGCUUUUCAUCGAGAUGAUCCGUUAGCUAUCCCCGAAGGAAAAUACUACCUAGGUGAUGCAGGAUUCAUGUUGAAAAGCACAGUGUUGACUCCAUAUAGAGGCAAACGAUUCCCUAUCAUUGCAAGUGACACUGAACCACAUUAUGGACUGGAGACAAUGACAGACAUCAUACUAGCUUGUUGUAUCUUACACAACUUUCUUCGAGGCGUGGAUAACGAUGACUCACUACUUCAUGAAGUUGAUAACGAGUUGAAUGAAAGGGAAGACCAUAAUGUGUCAUCAACUCAAGUUAGAGAAGAGGACCAUAGGAUUGGUAUAAAAAUGAACCCGGGUAAGGCAACCGCCAUUCAGUCCUCUGCUCCUACUAGAGAGUUUAUGAAGUGGACAGAAGACAUGGACGCACGUCUUCUACACUCUAUGAUUGAGGAAUCACGAAUCGGUAAUAGGAUUGACGGAAGCUGGAUAUCCCAAGCAUAUAGUAACAUAGUUGAUCAUCUUCAUAGCGCUGGGUAUGUCGCCAUUACAAAAAAUAAUGUUAAAAAUCGUCAGAAAGUCUUGAAAGAUAAAUGGCGUGAGGUACAUUACUUGUUUUCUGGAUUGAGUGGAUUUGCGUGGAACCCGAUUAGUAUGACAUUUCAUGCUGAGGACGAAGUUUGGAUGGACCUGAUCCAAUCGAGGCCAGCUGCGGCAAAGUGGAGAGUUAAUAGCAUCAAACAUUACGAUUUGAUGGUGGAGUUAUGGGCAGCUGAUCAAACAACAGAAGUUAACGAGCUCACUUCCCAAAAGCCCCAAAAGAUUUUCGAAAACCAUUGCUCUGAUACCAAACAGUGUAACACCCUGAUUUAG